UGUAGUAAAUUCGAUUUUAACCAAACUUUGUCACCCUUUCCAUUGAUCGUCGUUCUUCUCGUCGGCGGCGAAACAAUGGAGCCGGACGUCAGCAUCGAAACCAGUUCCAUGAUCCGGAUAGCUGUCAUCCCAAUCGGAACUAUCCACUCACACCAAUUCCGAGACUACGUUGCAAUGCUCGGUCGCCACCACAAUAUCGAACUCUCAGCGAUCAGUUCCUUCUACACCGUACACGAAAAAUCACCCUUCUCGCAACAGCCCUGGUGUUCCGGCAAUCUUCGUUUCAAAUACGUCAUCGGUGGAUCUCCGCCGAGUCCGUGGGAGGAUUUCCAACCCUAUCGGAAAAUUCAUGGUGUUAUUGGAAUCUGUCAUUGUCCCUCUUCUCCUGAUCUGGGCAGUGUACUCGCGCAAUUCCUUACGGCGUGUAAAGGAUACUCCUCUUCUCUUAUUCAACGCUGUUUCGCUUUUUCUCCCUGUGAUUCUCAGUUAGAGGAUGAAAGUAAGAAAAGCAAUAAGCUGGUGUUAUUUCCUCCUGCUGAUCAACGAACACAGGAAUUUCAUCUGCAAACAAUGAUGCAAGACAUGGCUGCUUCACUUCUGAUGGAAUUUGAGAAGUGGGUGGUUGCAGCAAAAUCGAGCGGGACCCUUCUCAAGACUCCUUUAGAUUCUCAAGCCAGUCUCAGCGCAGAGGAGGCGAUGAAAGCCAGAAAAAGGAGAGAUGCCCGAGCCCAUAAAACCAUAGGGGAUUACUGUCUACUAGCUGGAUCACCUGUUGAUGCCAAUGCCCAUUAUUCUGAUGCUCUAGAACUUGCAAGAACAAUUGGAGAUUAUUUUUGGUAUGCUGGGGCAUUGGAAGGUGGUGUUUGUGCCUUUCUGAUGAGUAAAACAGGGGAGAAGGAUGCAGCUUUAGUGGAAGAGGUCAAGUUUCGCUACAAUGGUGUCAUCACUCAUUAUCGCAAGUCAUUUACACCAGAAAAUGCUCAGAGGGUUUCGCCUCUGAGCUUUGAACUUGAAGCUACUUUGAAACUGGCAAGAUAUCUCUGUAGACCAGAGCUAGUAAAGGAGGUGGUGGAGCUGUUGACUACUGCAACAGAUGGAGCCAAAUCAUUGAUUGAUACUAGUGAUAGACUAAUUUUAUACAUCGAAAUAGCUCGUUUAUUUGGAACUCUUGGGUACCACAGAAAAGCUGCCUUUUUCUCCAGACAAGUGGCUCAAUUAUACAUGCAACAAGAAAGCAAUUUAGCUGCUUCAAGUGCUUUACAAGUAUUGGCACUCACCACAAAAGCUUAUCGUGUUCAAAGCAGAGCUUCCAUUUCCAAUGAAACCGGUCAAUAUCUUGUUGAUGGUGGAAAGAUGAAUCAUCAUUUGGUGGUAUCUUUAUUCGAGUCUCAAUGGAGCACCCGCCCGUUUAAUACGAUCUUACUACCCUUUAAUCACGCCGCCCGGCAAAACCGCCUCGCAAACGCCCUAAUCAAUUCCGCCGACCGCCUUCCUUCCGGCACUCAUUGCUCCGAUCCCGCUUUGCCCUUCAUAAGGUUGCAUUCGUUUCCACUCCAUUUCUCACAGAUGGACAUAAUAAAACGGAAUCCGAAACGAGAAGAUUGGUGGGCGGGGUCAGCUCCUUCGGGGCCUUUUAUCUACACACCGUUUAGCAAACGCGAUUCAGUUUCGAACAGUAAGCAUGACCUAAUUUGGGUAAUCGGGGAACCAGUUCAGGUGUUGGUGGAAUUAGCAAACCCUUGCGGGUUUGAUUUGAUAGUGAAUAGCAUCUAUCUCUCAGUUCAUUCUGCAAAUUUCGAUGCGUUUCCCGUGAGUGUAACCCUACCUUCAAGUUCUUCAAAAGUUCUUAGUUUAUCAGGAGUCCCAACUAAAGAAGGGAUUGUGAGUAUCCCCGGAUGCAUCGUCCAUUGUUUUGGUGUACUCACUGAACAUUUCUUCAAAGAUGUAGACAAUUUACUCCUCGGAGCAUCUCAAGGGCUUGUUUUUUCCGACCCUUUUCGUUGCUGUGGGUCUGCAAAGCAGAGGAAUAUAACUGUUCCCAACAUUACAGUAGUUCCCAGACUUCCAUUGUUAGUUUCACACGUGGUUGGUGGUGAUAGCGCCAUGAUUUUAUACGAAGGUGAAAUUCGUGAGCUCUGGAUGAGUUUAGCUAAUGCUGGAACAGUUCCAGUUGAGCAAGCGAACAUCUCAUUAUCAGGGAAAAAUCAAGAUUCUGUUGUGUCAAUCGGAUAUGAAAUUUUGAAAUCUGCAUUACCAUUAAAACCUGGAGCUGAAGUGAUUAUACCAGUGACAUUAAAAGCAUGGCAAUUAGGGUUAGACCCUGAUACAGCUAAUAAGAGACAGGUAGAUGGAAGCAGCCCGGUUUUGUUGAUUCAUUACGCAGGACCCACCGGAGACCCGAUGCCACCUGGACGCCGCCUUGUUGCUCCACUAAAUAUCUGUGUUUUGCAAGGGCUUUCGUUCAUGAAAGCUCGGUUGUUGUCAAUGGAGAUUCCCGCUCAUGUUGGUGGCGUUUCUGAAAAUAUCUGUUCUACUGAUUCGCUUGUGAAGAUUGAUCCUUUUAGAGGAAGUUGGGGUUUGAGGUUUCUUGAAUUUGAGCUUUAUCCGAAAACGAGAAUAGAUAGGGAUUACACUUCUCGAGUGCUUAUUCCAUUAGAGCAUUUUAAGCUACCUGUUCUUGAUGGAUCUGUUUUGAUUAACAAUGGGGGUGGGGGUGUGAAGACGAAAGCUGAACUGAAUGCUUCGAUAAAGGAUUUGAUUUCGAAGAUUAAGGUGAGGUGGCAAUCGGGGAGGAAUAGUGCGGGGGAGUUGCAUAUUAAGGAUGCUACACAAGCGGCUCUUCAGACAUCAGUUAUGGAUGUUUUGUUACCGGAUCCUUUGACUUUUGGUUUUAGGGUUGAUGAAAGGAAGGAGAAACAAGAUUGUAUUGUUGCAAAUGAGAUGAGUCGGAUGGCAGUUAUUGUUAGGAAUAACACAAAAGAUUGUAUAAAGAUGAGUCUUAGUAUUACGUGUCGAGAUGUUGCAGGUGAAAACUGUAUUGAAGGUUAUAAUAAUCCUACCGUACUAUGGGCAGGUACUUUGAUUGGUGUGAAGGUGGAGAUUCCUCCGUUGAAGGAAAUUAAACAUACAUUUUCUCUUUAUUUUAUGGUACCUGGUGAAUACACGUUGUUAGCUGCUGCAGUAAUAGAUGAACCUAAUGAGAUAUUGUGGGCACGUGCACGUUCUGCUUCGUUUGAUGAACCAAUCGUUUGCCGGGGCCCACCUUAUCAUGUUCGAGUGCAUGGGAUUGUUUGAUGUCUUUUCGUCUACAUACAUCAUUCUUGUCCCAAAAUUUUGUAUUUUUUUCACUGUUUAUGCUUCAUUAUUAUCAUUAUUACUUUAGCCAAAUUUCGGGCAUUAUAGUUAUUGUUUUUAAGUCCGAAAAUUGUAAUGCAAAUAAACAUGUUCUUACUGCUAUAUAUACGAUAGAC